CGCCGCGGGCAGUCCCCGGUUGGCGCACUCGGUACCGUCUAUCACCGACACCACUGGCGCGAAGGCUGCCCCAUAGGAUCGUGGGACCCGCCACCGCUCGGUACAGGACGGCUGAGGCGUGACGGCUGCUUGACGCCCGAGAAUCUGGAGCCAGUGCCAGCAGGCUGCCACAGCACGCCAUCGAUGAGACCGCGCGCGCGCCAAAUGGACCGCGCCAAGGUCCGCGAGGUCAUGGACCUCACGCUCUGCACGGAGGCCCGCGCGCGCGCCGCCCUCGCCGCGGCCAACGGCGACCAGCGGGCCGCCGUCAACGAGGUCCUGUCGCCCACAACACCAAGCCUCCACGAGCGGACGCUCCAGGAGACACUGCGACGGCGCGGCCAGACCGCCGAUGAGGCCUUUGCGGACCGGGACCUGCGCGAGGCGAUGCAGAGAAGCCUAGGGUCCGGCCGGUCGGCCAUAGAAGAGAGGGAGAUGGUCGAGCGCUUGAGGUUGCACACGGACACGACGAGGGUCGAGGCGCGAGCGGCGCUUGUGGCCUGCGGCUGGCACGAGGGCCGCGCCGCGGAACAGUUGCUGCCGGCACAGAUAUACCUGAGCCCGCAGGACCGCCGGGCCGAGAAGAUCCGCCAGGUGCGUGAGAUCGCCCGCGUGGACGCGCGCUGGGCCGAGCUCGCGCUCGACGCGUGCGACGGCGACGCGGAGGCAGCUGUCGCGUUCGUCUGCGGCGGCAUGUCGCCGCCAUCCCAGCGCGCAGCGACGGCUUUGGACGAGUCGUCGUCCGUUCUGGCCGCUGCGCGGCGGGCGCGGGCCACGCCGCUCCCGGACCACGACGACCGCCCGGCGCCGCUCGCGACGCCCGCGUCGCCGGUCGUGAGGACAGCUCCCCCAACAACGGAACAGAACCUCGUGUCGCCCAAGGCCCUGGACGCCAUUCCCGACGCCGACGUCGUCGCCCAGGCAGCCGCGGAUUUGGAGCGGGCGCUGCGCGAGGCCGAGGGCCGCAAGCGCCGGCGCUCGCUCCCGUCGCCGGUGACGCCGCUGUCGCCCGAGCGCCGCGCCGCCUCGCUCGCGGCGGCCUCGACGACGCUCGCGGCGGCCUCGCUCGAAAUGCAGCAGCGCCUUGACGCCGCGGCGGCGCGCGACGCCGCGAACGAGGCGCUCCAGGCGGAGCGGGACCGCAACCGCCGGGCGGCGCUCGCGGCUGCGGAACAACGGGCUAGGGAGGCGGCGGAAAAGCGCGUUGCGGCAGCUUUGCAGGUGCAGGCGGCGCACCGCGGUCGCAACGGUCGCGCUGCGUGUGUUGCGCGGCGCGAGGCCGCGGCGCUGCUCCUGGCUUGUGCACGACGCCGCCUGGACCGUGUGACUGCGCAAGCCGAGGCGGAGAUGCGACGGGACGCUGGUGCGACUCUACGAGCGUGUGCGAGGCGGCGGCAGGAUCGUUUGACCGCACGAGCCGAAUUGUCGGCGCGGCGCGACGCGACCUUGAUGUUGAGCUCCUGUGCGCGGCGGCACCAAGAUCGUUUGACAGCGCGAUUCGAAGCGGAGAGGCGACGUGACGCGGGCGAGACGUUAAGGGGAUGCGCGAGGCGACGUCAGGAUCGUUUAGCUGCGCAAGCGGAGGCCGAGAAGCGGCGGGGUGCAGCGGCGACGUUGGGCGCGUCCAUGAGACAACGCCAAGCGCGCCUCGCCGCGCAAGCCGAGGCGGACAGGCGGCGCGAGGCUGCGUCGGCGCUCGGCGGCGGCGCGAAGUGCGCGCUCGCACGACGGCGCGUCGCUGCCGAAAGGGAGCGGGCACUGGAGCGGCUCCGCCGGGAGGCGGACGCGGCCGCCGAUCGGGCGCGGCGAGAGAACGCGGCGCGGGCUCGUGCUCUCGAGGCGGCCGUCGUCGUGGAGGCGCCACCAGCGAAGCCUGCCGUGGUAGUUGUGGAGACUCCUGCGGUGGAGACCGUCGUCCAGCCGGUCGAACCGCCCCCACUCGUCGAGGAGACAACGACGCCCACGAUCGAGGAGACGCCUAUCGCCGUUGCGCCUGCCGAGCCUGUCGUGGAGCCGCGACCCGCGAAAGCGCCGCACCAGCUUGUGGAGCGCGUCCUGACGCAGCUGGCCAAGCCGGCGGUGUAUCCGGGCAAAAAGACCGAGCCAGCCGCCGUCCCGAAGCAGCGGAGACCGACGAACCCCCGCGGCCGCACCGUCGAGGCGCGGACCACUGCGCGGGAGCUCGACCCGUUGGAGCGGCUGCGACGCGCGGCGCGAAACGCGGCGCGCGAGAAGCGGGCCGCCGCGGGCUCGGCGCUCGUCGCCGUCCGCAUGAGCUCGUCGCUCGACGGACGGUUCUCGGGCGAUUUCGGCGGCCGCGUACCGAUGCGCAAACUUUAGUAGUGUGUUAAAAUUUUCCAGACA